AUGGGCUACCUACAUGACCAGUCUUUUGACUAUAUAAUAGCUGCCUUUGCCCAGUGUCCGGAUGAGAACCUUUCCAACCUCAACAACGUCACAUCUACAUACACUGCAAUCUCCACACACUUAACAACCCAACCCAAUUCUUGUUCCUACACCAUGGCUCUUGCACUUCCCAUGCACAACCUCCCAAUGGAUGAGCCCGCCGCCUCCGAGGUCUUUGAGUACAACAACCAGACCUUUUACUGCUGGAAGCUCACUGAGACGGAGCGCGCCCACAUUGCCAGCAUGCUCAACAUGGACGCGACCGAUCUCAAGCUCAAGGGCAACAACUUUCUCCAGGACCGCUCCCAGUGCAGGGGCUGCGGCAAGCACUCGGGCAUGGACGACUUUGUGCACAACGCCCUCUUUGCCGGCAUUCACUCGGUCGAGUUCAUGAAGGACUUCCUCCUGGGCAAGACCGAGCAGGCGACCCCCUACACCGAGCACGAGGUCACUUGCUCCCGCUGCAGCACCAAGCACGACGAGACCAAGUCCUGGCCGACCUACCCUCCCUGGCCUCGCUACUAG